UCUAUAUCUCGGGGCCGAGAUCUUUUGCAGACUUUGCUCUACAUCUAGGUAUGUAUGUGUGCAUAAUGCCUUCCUACCCAGAUACCUAUGGGGUAUUCUCUGCCAUGAAAAGCAAAGCGAAAACGCCCAUCCCAAGGAGGAUGCCCGGAAGAGAACCCGUGCCCAUGUAUGAUGUGAGAUUUAUGUGCCCCACCAUGAGCUCCGCAAAGCCGUUAACGCGUGGGGCACCCAAUGCUAUAUCUAUGAUCUCAAACGUCACUCAUGAUUCCCACCACAGAGGAGGUGUCGUGAAUCCGAAUACACUGCUUCCUUCGACCUGGUACUCGUAACGUUACAGGAGGACAUGGACGCCAAUCAGUUCCGUGCCGCGGCACAUGCCGCUAUCGAUCAAGUCAUCGACUACUACGAGAACAUCUCCGACCACCGCGUGGUAUCCAAUGUUGAGCCCGGCUGGCUGAACCGAAUCAUUCCCACGACUAUCCCGGAGAACGGAGAGCCGUGGGAGGAUAUCCAGAAGGAUAUCACGGAGAAGAUUAUUCCCGGGUUGACGCACUGGCAGUCUCCCAACUUCCUCGCCUUCUUUCCCGCAAACUCCACGUACCCCGGAAUCCUCGGCGAGGUCUACUCCGCCGCCUUCACAUCCGCAAAUUUCAACUGGCUUUGCUCCCCCGCCGCCACCGAGCUCGAGACCAUAGUCCUGGACUGGCUCUGCCGGCUCCUAGCACUGCCACCAUGCUACCUCUCAACCUCCCCGUCCGGCGGCGGCGGAGUAAUCCAAGGUUCCGCCUCGGAGGCCAUCGUGACCGUGAUCGUUGCUGCCCGCGACCGGUGUCUCCGCGCUCUCACCGCCAGCACAAACUCUGAAGCCGAGGCGGAGGCGAUCCGCGACACGUAUCGCGGCAAGCUUGUGGCGCUCUGUUCCGACCAAUCGCACAGCAGCACGCAGAAAGGCUGCCUAAUCGCGGGGACCAAGUACCGCCCGAUCACCGUUCCACGGCACUCAGGGACGAGCAACUACACACUCACAGCGGCGACACUCCGCGCGGCGCUCGAGGCAGCCGUCGACGACGGCCUAGUGCCUUUCUACACGACCGUCACGCUGGGCACGACGAGCACCUGCGCAAUCGACGACUUCGCGUCGAUCGCCUCCAUCCGGCAGGACUACCCGCAGCUGUGGAUCCACGUGGACGCGGCGUACGCGGGUGCCGCCCUCGUCUGUCCCGAGUACCAGCCGCUCAUCGCCGGCGUUGAGACGUUCGACAGCUUCAAUAUGAACAUGCACAAGUGGCUGUUGACGAAUUUCGACUGCAGCUGCCUGUUCGUGCGCGAGAGGAAGCAUCUGCUCAACGCUCUGAGCAUCACCCCGAGUUACCUCAGGAAUGAGUUCUCCGAGAAGGGACUGGUCACCGAUUAUAGAGACUGGCAGAUCCCCCUGGGAAGGAGGUUUAGGGCGCUGAAGGCGUGGUUUGUCAUGCGUACGUAUGGUGCUGAGGGCCUCAGGAAGCAUAUCAGGAACUGUGUGACUGUUGGAACGGGGUUCUAUAACAACGUUGAGGGCAGGCUGGAUCUGUUUGAGAUCUUUACGCCGCCGGCGUUUGGGCUUACAGUGUUCACGGUUAAGCCUGGGGAGGGUGAGGGUGUUGGCCUGAAGGCAAGAAACGAGAUCACGAAAGAGGUGUAUGAGGCCGUGAAUGCGGAUGGAGAGAUCUUCAUCACGAGCACGGUCGUUGAUGGGACGUAUGCUAUCCGUGUCGUCAGUGGAAAUCCAAAGAUAGAGGAGCGACAUUUGGCUAGGGCGUUUGAGAUUAUUGUCAAUAAGACCGAGAAAAUCAGGGCAAAGGGGACGCAUACGCCGCCGGUUGUCGAGGUAGAGCAGGAGCUUAAGGGCGUGUAAAUGGAUGAGCUUGUACGGAAAUGAUGUUGUGAUGGACGAUCUACGUUCCCUUCUUCUCGACUGUCGUGCACAAACAGUUCUAUUAUUAUCACCCAG